AUGGAGCUCUGUCUCAGUUGCCUCGCUGGUGAUUUGGUCCAUGUAUUGGAUUUGGCUGAAGGGGUUGCUGAUGUGUUGGAGCUGCAUGCAUCACAAGUUGAUGCUGACGCCGAGAUACGAGGAAAGCUGGAUCAUCUUCAGAUUCUGGAUGGGUUACUGAAGAAAGACUACGACCGGCGGGCGACACCCACCAACCAUCUCAAUAACGCCACCACGGUGUACUGUGAGCUGUAUAUUCGCAGUUUCGGCUCCAUCAGCCCUGCCACCAUGGACUACGAAGUCGAUUUGUACCUGCGACAGAAGUGGCAGGACGAGAGGCUGAAACAUGCGGAGAUUACUGAAGCUUUGGACCUGAACGACCCGAACCUGGUGAAGGCCAUAUGGAAACCGGAAGUGUACUUCCCUAACGCGAAGCACGCCGAAUUCCAGUACGUCACCGUACCUAACGUCCUUGUGCGCAUCAACCCUGACGGAGAGAUUCUCUACAUGCUGAGGUUGAAGCUGACCUUCUCCUGCAUGAUGGAUCUUUCAAAAUUCCCCCUCGAUAGUCAAGUCUGCACAAUGGAGGUCGCCAGCUUCUCUAAGACAAUCGAAGAGUUGAGUCUGGAGUGGAAGACAAUGAAUCCCGUUAUUAUGGGGAAAGGUCUGCGCAUGCCCCAAUUUGAAAUAGUCAAGAUAGCAGCCUCUGAUUGCCAGGAGUCAUUUCAUAUCGGCAACUAUAGCUGUUUGGUAGCAGAGUUUCACCUUAGUCGCUCGGUCGGGUUCCACUUGAUACAAAGUUACUUACCAACCAUCCUCAUAGUCGUCAUUUCUUGGGUCUCCUUCUGGAUGGACGUGGACUCAGUGCCCGGUCGAACCACUCUUGGAGUCACGACCCUUCUUGCAGUGUCCUCCCAGUCAUCAGGGAUCCAGAGUGGAUUACCCCAGGUCAGCUAUGUGAAGGCCAUUGAUGUAUGGAUGGGUACCUGCACAGCAUUUGUUUUCUCUGCACUUCUGGAAUUUACAUUCGUGAAUUACAUGUGGCGCAAGCAGUCAGUUGAGAUAUUGGAUGGAAAGAAAAAGUCACCAGAAGCUGUCAAUGGGAAAGCAGUGGCUCAGAGCUCAGAAGAGCCUGAUUUGGCUGUUGCUGUUACAAUGAAGAAGUGUGCAACAACAGAUGAUUCUGUGCUUGGAUGUGAAUCAAGGGUACCUCAUAACAUGUGUCCAGGUCGUGAGACACUCACCAAAUAUAAGGUGAGAGCGCGCCGAAUUGAUGAGCUCUCCCGAUUCUGCUUUCCUCUUAUAUUCGCUGUCUUUAACCUCUUGUAUUGGUCAUACUACCUUUCAUAACUUCAACACAGGAGAAGAACCCAAUCCUCUGUAUCUGACCUCAAGACCACGGCUACCAAGACUCUUCACACUACAUCUACUCUGUAGUAUUUGGGUAGAUAACAAAGAAACUUUCAUGGAAAAUAUUGUCUAUAAAGUGAUAUAACUACUGAACUGUGUCAUGGUUCACUUGCUUUCUCUUUUCAAUAAUUCUAGUGAGGUUCCCUGCUAGAUGCUGAUCACUGGAAUUACAGACUUAAUAAUAUAUUGAAACCACUGAAGUUCACUGCAACUUAAACCUUGUCAACAUGAAAAAGUCAUUAAAAUAAGUAAAGAAUAACUAAAUCCAUUCCAAAAUGCAACACACAUUGGAUAGCAAUAUUGAAAAAGUGAUUUUGCUGUCACAUAAAUGUGUAUAAAAUCUGAUAUUUUCGAUUUCUGCACAAAAACUUCAGUGUGUUAAGAAACUUGUAGAAAGAAUUGAGACCUGACAAAGAUUCCCAGAAUAAAACAGCGAAUUUUUAAGUAUGUAAUAAAUGUGGUUCAGAAGUAAUUAACAGUGUUAAAACACUGAUAAUUCUUACAUAUUUUCUUAUGUGUAAAUUGCUCUUUGAUAAAUUGAAAAGUAAGAACUAAUUACUUAGAACAAAGUGGCCAAAUUUCAUGUUAUUGCCUCUUUUACUAAAAUAUCACACAGCUUAAAACAUGCAGAGACAUAAUGGUUAGAGUUCUAGAGCAUAAAUUGAAACAUUCUUAAAUCUUAUAUAUGUUUCAUGACUGAUUUCAUACCUAAUAUUACUUGCAAAUAUGAAUAUCAUUAUUAUUUCCCAAUAUAAAAUUUCAAUUUGUCUGUUCAAGGAGUUCAAGCUUGAUGUGUAAGAGUGCGCACCAAGGUAAGGUACAUAGUUUCCAGCAUCCCUGAACUACUGCUGUUUCUUUCAGUUCAAACUUCUUUGGACAUCUUACAUAAUCAGUCGUUAUCAUGUUACUUCCAGAUAUGUUGAAUCAUGUGUUGAACAAAACUUUUGCUUGAUUUUAAACAUUCAAGCAUUCUGUGUCAGAGCUACAAAUCCUGCAUCCUAAAAUAAAUGACAACCAAUUACAGAAGUAAGCUGAAAUAUAACUUCAUUUCUAUUUGAGAUAUCAAGGCAAAUAUAUUAAGAAUUUUGAGACUGCCUAGAAGAAUAUUGUAACUCAUUUUCAAACAUAAGUAACUAAUAUCAUUCUUCUAUGUAGCCACAGACAUUGCUGAAAAAGUGCCUGAAAAAUGUUCCAAGUAAUUUGAUAUUAGAAGUGGCUUGCAUCUUGUUCUACAAUGCGGCAUGGAUGUUCGCCACAAUUAUUCAAGGGCAGGGAGGACAAGGUUAGUUAUGUAAGGAACAUGGUACAAGGGUUCGAACUUUAACAGUGCAACACUGCUGUAGAGACGCCAUGCAACGGAACCAAAUAAUGUCGCUUAUACCACGCGUUAGUUACAUACCUA